GCAGAGUGCACCGCUCUAAAUAUAUUUACGCAGCAUCAACUUAGACCCAACCCCCACGCCUCCCUUUCUCUCCGCGUUUCCCUCUCUUCUCUGUGAUUUGCCGCUAGCCGCCGUCCCUGGCUCCAGGCCGACCGUCUACACCGUGAAGCUCCGCUGCAUCGCCGUGUGCCACAAGGCUCUGCCAAACCAAGCCUCUGUUUUCCCUAGCCCGAUUUCUCUCUCUCCUCUGCACCUUCGCUCACCGUGGAACGUCCAGGUCGCCGCCUCUCGCUCUCGGUCUUCGACACCGCAAGUUACUCCACCUACAUUUCCUUCACUCUCUUGCCCUCUCUCUCUCUCUCUCUCUCUCUAGCUCUCUGCUAGCGUCUCACUGUGUCUCUGUGUUAGACUGACGGUGGCAACCGAUAAAGGUCACCAGAGCCAGCGUGCCGCCCCACGCCACAAACAGAGCAUCCCGAACGACAAUAGACAACGCUGCCACACCAUUGAAUCCGACCGAUCGCCACUGCACGAUUUGCUCUCAAACCAGACAUGCUCAGUUCACAAAAACAGUGCUCACUUUUCAUUGGACUCCUGUACCAUAACGGCAGCAGCAGACACGACGAGAGAUUAGAAAGUUAGAGGGCUAACCAAUUACCAAAGCAGACCACAGGAACAGAAACGUGAAUUCAAGCCAUGGCUUCCCUUUUAGAACCCAAAACCCAAUCGCCUAACAUUUACAUAUCCGAGGAAUGGUCCCACGCCGCAGACUCCAUCGUGUACGAUGUGGUCACUUCGCCGCCUCCCAUUGCUCUCAUCUGCGGUGCCAAAAACUGUGGCAAAACCACCUUCUCCCGCUACCUCCUUAACAUCCUUCUCCAGAGGUAUAAAAAAGUAGCUUAUUUGGAUACAGAUGUUGGUCAGCCUGAGUUUACACCUCCUGGUUUUGUAUCCCUCACUGUAGUUGACAAGCUAACUUCAGAUUUGACAAUCCCAUGUUUGAAGACACCCGAGAGAUGCUUCUUCUUUGGUGAUGUGUCUUCGAAAAGGGAUCCAACAGCAUACUUGAAAGCUAUAUUUACCCUGUAUGAUUACUAUCGACAGGAUCACUGCUUGUUUAACAAGAAUGAAAACCCUGCUAAGACUGAAUUGCCUCUUGUUAUAAAUACUCCUGGCUGGGUGAAAGGUGUUGGUUACGACAUACUGGUGGAUAUGUUGAAAUGCAUUACUCCCACCCAUGUGGUUAAAAUAAACAUAUCUGCUGCGAGUAAGAAUCUACCAGCUGGGAGGUUCUGGUUAGAUGAGGACUAUGAUGGGAUGGUUAGUCUAAUUGAGAUCAAUUCAGCUCGUCAGGAUUCUUAUAACCGAUCGGUGUUAGUGCAAAAGGAUGCGCAGCUAUUGCGUGAUUUACGUAUAAUGGCAUAUUUCAGGCAAUGCUUUCCAAGUGACCUGGAUAUCACCACAAUCAAAGAACUUGCGCAUGCACUGGCCUGUCACCCUCCUUAUGAAGUUCCAGUUUCAAGCAUCAAGAUCAGACAUCUCCAUUGCCGGGUCCCAAGCUCUGAGAUAUUUUACAGUUUGAAUGCUGCCAUUGUUGGCUUGGCGAUUAGCUCUGAAGACUCUGAAAAUUUACCUUUGUGUGUUGGUCUUGGGAUAGUGAGAAGCAUUGACACUUUUAAAGGUUUGCUAUACGUUAUCACUCCUGUUCCUCAUAGCAGCCUGGAGAAGGUCGAUAUUUUUCUUCAGGGAUUUAUCCAAAUUCCUACUUGCUUGUUGCAGGUCCAGGGAUGCAUAUCACCAUACAUGUCUGCAAAUGUUUUCUCUUCAAGCUAGCUCUUACAUGAGGGAUGAUACCAAAUUAAAUUCUUCUAGGAUCUUCUAUAGAAAUAUUCAGCAAAGUUGUUUCCCAACCUUGUAAGAGAAGAUCUAUUUUUAAUGACAGGAGAAGCCAGUUUUAUGGUCAUUUAAUAGACAUCCAAGGCUCUGUUACUCAUUUAUUUGAACUAACUCCUAAUGUGGAGGUCAUUCAUAUCUCUUAUGAUCAAAUAUAUUUUAACAGAAUUGCAUUACA